UGAGUUACGUAGUUUUAAUUAGAGGUUAGGUUCGUCCUUUGAACGGUUUGAAUGUCAUUCACUUCCCAUCAAAGUUCGUUUGAUGUGAUUCGUCCUUCGACAUUUUAGUUCAUAACUCGCGUUCAACUCUUUUUACAGCAAUCACCUCGUUCCAAUUUUUAUUUAAAGAUUGACAAUAUUUAAAGUUAGGUGCCCUCAGACACAUCCAACCUCUCUCUUUAUAUCACCCUUGAAGGAAAAAAAAAAUACUAUUCGUCGUCAAAGAUACUAUAACACAAAGAGAAUAAGGAGACUAGCGCAAAAGUUGAUAAAAAAAAAAAGAAAAGACAAUGGCUUCGAAUUGGGAAGAGUUUUACUCCUCUCAUCCACAGCCUGCAAAUUUGAGCAAAAACGAAGACUUAUUGAGAGGUUUUACUGCGCGUCAUUUGAACGGUGAUACAAGAGUUGUUCUCGUUACGAGUGGCGGAACAACUGUUCCAUUGGAACACAAUACCGUUCGCUUUGUGGAUAACUUCAGCGCAGGUACGAGAGGCUCUGCUUCCACUGAAUAUUUCCUCGAUCAUGGCUAUGCUGUCGUGUUUAUGCAUAGGGUAAAAUCUUUACAACCAUUUUCAAGGCAUUUCACUGGACAAAAAUUUUUGAAUAUGCUCGAUUUGAUCGAAACAAAGGAUGGAACUUCUGUUACUGUGACAUCGGAAAAUAUUCCAAAAAUAGCAGAUGUGUUGAGAAAAUAUAAAUCUGCGCUAGCAAAUGGAAAAUUACUCGAAUUGAGUUUUACAACUGUUUACGAAUACCUUUGGUUGCUAAGAUCUGCUUGUCAGAUUUUAGCACCUUUGAAAGAAAAGUGUAUCCUAUACCUGGCAGCCGCAGUAUCUGACUUUUACAUUCCACCUAAUGAAAUGUCGGUACAUAAAAUUGCUUCGACUAAACCCCAGACUAUAUCUCUUCAACUGGUACCAAAAAUACUAGCUCCUUUGGUGAGCCUCUGGGUUCCUAACGCCUUCGUAGUAUCUUUCAAAUUGGAAACGAACAAGGAUCUAUUAAUUGAUAAGGCCAGAGAGGCUCUCAAUAAGUACAAACACAAAUUGGUCAUUGCUAAUAUGCUUCAAAAUUAUAGACAAAAGGUAACGCUGGUAACUCAACAAAGCAGCUAUGUAAUUGAACUUACGACAGAACAGUCGCGUAUUGGAGAGGAAAUAGAAAUGUAUAUAGUGAAAAAUAUUCUUGAUAAACAUGAGGAAUUUAUUGCUGAUCGUAGUGGGAGGAGUUGAUGGUUUAAAGUAACAUGUCACUAUAAAAUGAUAGUAGUCAAUUCUUAUACUGCAUAAAGAAAUUGUGGUAUUAUGACACCUUUUUUUAUACAAUUUUUGCGACAAGAUUAUUCAAAUCGUCAGUAUAAUUUGUUACAUAUUGUAGAGCUAAUCUUUAUUUAUACUAUUUAUUAUGCAACAGUUCCCUUACAGUACUGACAGUAAGGUUGAAAAAAUUCUGUAAAAAUAUUUUUAUUAUUAUGUUAUUAUGAUGUUGUCUUCAAGACUACAAAAUUUUAGAAAUAUCGAUUACCAUUUAUUUUCCGUUUCAAAGACUGGCUUUCAUGGCAUUAAUUUUUUCUGCUACGUGUUUAUCUGCAGGCCCACAUUGAGCCACUACAAAUUCCAACGCUGAUUGGUCCUUCUGUUCUAAUGCUAU